AUGCAGGGGGACGAUUUGCUUAUGAUAAUUAAGGUCAACAUGGAUUUGUGGUUCUUUCUCCUUUUGCUCGGAAGUGGCCUGAUAAGUGUAGGUGCUAACAACGUUACAACAGAGCCACCCACAACAGUGCCCACCUCCCCCAGGAGCCCCACCAAAGCUCCCACAGCAGAUCCCAAGGAUGGGACUACGACGAGCGCCAACAGCCUCAACAUGAGCACUCCAGUGACUGUUUCUACCGUGGCGUCAAAGCCACCUGCAACCACAGCCACCAGGCUCUCCCCCAACACCACCACCAUCAGCCUCAACACCUCCACCCUGGGGACAACCUUGCCCCUGCCUCCAGCCACCUCCCUGAUGCCCAGCGUGACGCCGCCGGCUCCGCGCACCUCCCUCCCCAGCACCGACGCGGAGACGACAGAGAGGAACUUUAGUGCCAUGGUGACAACACAAGAGACCUCUUCUGCUUCCCACAAUGGUAACGCUGACAGAAGAGAUGAGACUCCAAUUAUAGCUGUGAUGGUGGCCCUGUCUUCCCUUCUAGUCAUAGUAUUUAUUAUUAUUGUGCUGUACAUGUUAAGGUUCAAGAAAUACAAGCAAGCAGGGAGUCACUCCAACUCCUUUCGUUUGUCCAACGGCCGGACGGAUGAUGCAGAGCCUCAGAGCAUGCCCCUGCUGGCCCGCUCCCCCAGCACCAACCGCAAGUACCCCCCCCUGCCUGUGGAUAAGCUGGAGGAGGAGAUCAACCGCCGCAUGGCCGAUGACAACAAGCUCUUUCGGGAGGAGUUCAACGCUCUCCCAGCGUGUCCCAUACAGGCCACGUGUGAAGCUGCUUCCAAGGAGGAGAACAAAGAGAAGAACAGAUAUGUGAACAUUUUGCCUUAUGAUCAUUCCAGGGUUCACCUGACUCCUGUUGAGGGAGUUCCUGACUCCGACUACAUCAACGCCUCCUUCAUUAAUGGGUACCAAGAGAAAAACAAGUUCAUUGCUGCACAAGGACCAAAGGAAGAAACGGUGAACGAUUUUUGGAGGAUGAUUUGGGAGCAAAACACAGCGACAAUUGUCAUGGUGACCAACCUGAAAGAGAGGAAGGAGUGUAAAUGUGCUCAGUACUGGCCAGAUCAGGGCUGCUGGACCUAUGGGAACAUCCGUGUGUCCGUGGAGGAUGUGACUGUCCUGGUGGAUUACACCGUGCGGAAGUUCUGCAUCCAGCAGGUCGGCGACGUGACGAACAAGAAGCCCCAGCGCCUGGUGACCCAGUUCCACUUCACCAGCUGGCCCGACUUUGGGGUCCCCUUCACCCCCAUUGGGAUGCUGAAGUUCUUGAAGAAGGUGAAGACCUGCAAUCCCCAAUAUGCAGGAGCAAUAGUUGUGCACUGCAGCGCCGGGGUGGGACGCACGGGCACCUUCAUCGUCAUCGACGCGAUGCUGGACAUGAUGCAGGCAGAGAGGAAGGUGGAUGUGUACGGCUUCGCUGAUGGCUUCUCCCUACAACCCCUGCAGAUGCAGUAUGUGUUCAUAUACCAAGCACUUCUGGAGCACUAUCUCUAUGGUGACACAGAGCUGGAGGUGACCUCGUUAGAGAUCCACCUCCAGAAGAUCUACAACAAAGUGCCAGGGACCAGCAGCAACGGGCUGGAAGAAGAGUUCAAGAAGCUCACGUCAAUCAAAAUUCAGAAUGACAAGAUGAGAACGGGCAACUUGCCAGCAAACAUGAAGAAGAACAGAGUGCUUCAGAUAAUUCCAUAUGAGUUCAACCGAGUAAUCAUUCCAGUGAAGAGGGGUGAAGAGAACACAGACUAUGUAAAUGCUUCCUUCAUUGAUGGUUAUCGCCAGAAGGACUCCUACAUCGCCAGCCAGGGGCCACUGCAGCACACGAUAGAGGACUUCUGGAGGAUGAUCUGGGAGUGGAAAUCCUGCUCCAUAGUGAUGCUAACAGAGCUGGAGGAGAGAGGCCAGGAGAAGUGUGCCCAGUACUGGCCAUCUGAUGGCUCAGUGUCCUAUGGAGACAUCACUGUGGAGCUGAAGAAAGAGGAGGAGUGUGAAAGCUACACAGUGCGGGACCUGCUGGUAACGAACACCAGGGAAAACAAGAGCCGACAGAUUCGGCAGUUUCAUUUCCAUGGUUGGCCAGAAGUUGGGAUCCCUGGAGAUGGGAAGGGGAUGAUCAACAUCAUCGCGGCUGUGCAGAAGCAGCAGCAGCAGUCGGGCAACCACCCCAUCACUGUGCACUGCAGUGCCGGAGCAGGAAGAACAGGAACCUUCUGUGCCCUGAGCACUGUCCUGGAAAGGGUGAAGGCAGAAGGGAUUCUCGACGUCUUUCAGACAGUGAAGAGUUUAAGACUACAGAGGCCACAUAUGGUGCAGACACUGGAACAGUACGAAUUCUGCUACAAGGUGGUGCAGGAAUACAUCGACGCCUUCUCAGACUACGCCAACUUCAAGUGAAGAAACACAACAAAACAAAC